AUGUGGAUUCUCUGCUUCCUUCUCUUCAUCUCGGCAUUCGCUUAUGAUGACAGUAUAUCCGUAAUUAAUAUUCAUGAAGAACUUCCACCGAACAUUUUACUAUUACCUACAAUAUCAUCAUCUAAUCUUCAAUGGUUACCCUCAUCGUAUUCAUUUCAAUCCUAUUUUAAUCUCCAUUCCGAUCAGUCAUUGUAUACUACAGUUCAAGUAAUUGAUCGAGAGAAAUUUUGUGAACAGAAACUUUGUAAUUGCUCGAAAUGUUCGAUAAACUUAAGUUUCUUGCAAACAGUCUCACCAAGUAAUAUUUCCAUUCGAACGAUUGAAAUCAUCAUUGAAGAUAUCAAUGAUCAUUCACCAACAUUCAAACAACCAAUUAUUCGACUUUCGAUUGCGGAAAAUGUUCCUAUUGGUUAUGAAAUUCCUUUAGAAGCAGCAAUUGAUAAUGACUACGGUGUUCUAUCCAUUCAAGCAUACGAAUUAUAUCCAAUCGGAAACAAUCCAUUUCGUUUGUUUCGAACGACAAAACCGAUUCUAAAACUAGUCGAAACAUUAGAUCGUGAGAGCAAAUCAAAUUAUUUAUUGAAAUUAAUCGCUUAUGACGGAGGUCAACCGGCACUAUCCGGAGAGCAAAAUAUUGAAAUUAUCGUUACAGAUGUAAAUGAUAACCCUCCGAUCUUUGAAAAGACGAUUUAUCAGAGAACUCUUCCGGAAAACUAUCAAAUAGAGACGAUUAUCUUGAAAGUUCACGCCACUGACCGAGAUGAGAAUGAAAAUGCUCGAAUCACUUAUUCGAUCGAUGAUCGUUCAUCGACAUUCAUCAUUAAUCAACAGACAGGUGAAAUCUAUUUGAAAAAGUCUCUAGAUUACGAAAGAACACGAGCAUAUUCAUUAACCAUCAAAGCUCAAGAUAAUGGUGUACCACAGAUGACUAAUUAUGCAACGUUGAUUAUUGACGUAACAGAUGUCAAUGAUCAUAGUCCAGAUGUUUUAUUAACCGAAGUUAAUGGAACUAAAAUGAAUAAUCGUUUGAUCAAUCUACCAGAAUGUACAUUAAAAGAUACACCGCUGUUGUAUGUUUACAUCACUGAUGACGAUUCAGGUGAUAACGGUCGUGUUAGUUGUACCUUGAACGACACUCGUUUGAAUUUGAUCUAUUUGACUACGAAUGCUUAUGCUUUGCAAACAAGCAAUUCAUCAUCGUUUGAUUAUGAAAGUGAACAAUCGGUUGUGAUUCAUUUGCAAUGCACUGAUUUCGGCACUCCAUCUUUGUCAACAUCGACUCUACUUCAUCUGUUCAUCGAAGAUUGUAAUGAUAAUUCACCCGAGUUUAUUUCUCCAUCAUCUUCCAAUCUAUCAUUAAUCAUCGCUUAUGAAACAACGGAUGUGCCAUUUCUUCUGACUCAAUUCAUUGUACGCGAUCGUGAUCGUUCUCAACCGAAUAGUUUCGCAUAUUCGUAUAUCGUCUCACCACCGCUCGAUCUAAAUCUAAUUAAUAAUGGAACAUUAAUUCUUCAUUCAAUGCCUGCUAUGCCAGGAACAUUCAUCAUCAAUGUCACUGUUUAUGAUAGUGGAAAUCUCACUAGUACAAUAUCAAUGAAUGUUCGUAUUCAAUCGAUCAAUGAAACGAUAUCAACAAUGAGUUUACCGAAGGAACAUACGACUUUAGUACUGUUGAUUACAUUCUUUAUUAUAAUUUUUCUCGCAGCGAUAUUGAUAUCGAUGUGUUUUCUCAUCGCUUUCAUUCUGCGAAGAAAAAUGCCGAAAAAAUCCGUUGCAAAUGUGUCAUCACACGGAAGUACAACGAGUUCAAAUGAACGAACAGGUUCAUCACAAAAAACGAUGAUCGAAAUUUUCGAUGACGCAGUGAAUUCAUCGAAUCGUGUCUAUCAAUACGGAGUUCAACAAGCACCAGUAGAUAUGAAGGUAAUCAAUCCAAGCGGUAUUCAUCAAAGUGAUUUUGAUUAUUCCGAAAAGGUUCAAAGAUAUUUAACACAUUUGAAUGAUCGACUGAUUGGCACUGAUAUCGACGAAGGUGUUUAUGGAUCAUCGGAUGUUUCGUCUGAUCAUAUUCAACAAUUAACUCUUCGACCAUCAUCGGUAGAUUCCUCCAUACAUUCAUCGCAACAAGCGUAUCAGGAUAGUUUCAAACGUUUUGAACAAUUGUAUGCGCUAGUUGAACAUCAUCCAACAACUAAUCUCGAUACGUCAGCAUUCACAUCGGACAGCCUUUAUGUAUAG